GUGCAACUACAAAUAACCUUGAACUUGCUAGCAUUUGCUAGUUAAGGAAAGAGAAUUUGUCAAAUAAUUAAUCGACGUUUUUGAAAGUUAAAAGCAGAAAAUAAAAAAAGAAAAAAAAAGAACCAAUAUAGAACAUAGUUAUUGAAAUUUAUUUUUUAAAACUGUAAGCGGAAGAAAACUCUGUCAGUUUAUUUACGUCAGUUGAUAGAGUGCCAGCCGAACUCUGAUAGAAUUUCGUAUUUGGCAAAUAUUAGCGAACGAAAUACGAAAAUCUACAUAAAAACAUGCCGUCCGUAACGUUAAAAGACGUAGAUCAGCAGAAAUUCGUGAAGGCCUUUGCAGCUUUCCUCAAAAAAACCGGCAAAAUGCGCGUGCCUGAGUGGGUGGACAUCGUGAAGACAGCCAAAUUCAAGGAGCUGGCGCCCUAUGACCCUGACUGGUAUUACAUCAGAUGUGCUGCCCUGGUACGUCACAUUUACAUCCGUAGUCCCAUCGGAGUCGGCGCGGUCACCAAGAUUUUCGGUGGACGCAAACGCAACGGUACCCAUCCUAGUCACUUCUGUCGAUCGGCGAGUGGUGUUGCACGUAAGGCACUCCAGAGCUUGGAGCAGCUGAAGCUCAUCGAGAAGGCACCUCUCGGUGGACGUAAACUGACUAGUCAGGGACGCAGGGACCUGGAUCGUAUAGCCGCACAAGUUAAAGCAAAGAGCAAAAAGCAGCUUAAACUUCAAGAAACAAUUGGAAUUUAAACUUCUUAUAAUAAAAUUACAAAUGUAAAA